AUUGCCGGAAUGCCAUCCAAAUUAUUCGAGCAUCCCUUCGACCUCACGAAAGCCCGACUACGAUCCCAAGUACUAGAUGCAACCGCUCGGUUUGACGGGCCAAUGAAAUGCUUGGUGCAGACAUGGCAGAAGGAGGGCUUGCGAGGUCUGUACAGGGUGAGUCUGCUCUUCCUGGAGGCGAAGGAUAGCUUGAGAGUUUUUUUGCAGGGCCUACGAGCGCCCAUAGUCGGCGCGAUGGCGGAGAACGCAACACUUUUCUGGACAUACACAGAGUUGACACAGAGUUCCAAAACAUGUCUCGAGGCACCCGGUGUCUCACCAGCCCAAGCAGCGGCAGCCCUAUCCUCGGUUGCGCCGGCCGCAGCCUUACCCACAGGCCUCUACAGCUCUCCUUUCCAUAAACUUCCCGGUCCUAUCUCCGUCCUCACAUCCGUCGUCCGUACCACCGGCUUCCGCGGGCUCUGGCUCGGCCAAACCGCGACGCUCAUCCGGGAGACCGGCGGUGGCGCCGCAUGGCUCGCGUCCGAGGAGGCUGUCGCGACUUUCCUUCUGACGCGGCGCCAUAUUCCGUCCAAAGACAAGAAGGAGCUCAGACCUUGGAAGUCAGCGGUGUCGGGCGCCGCGGCGGGCAUCGCCUACAACGUCGCGCUCUUCCCGGCGGACACGGUGAAGAGCACGGUACAGACAGAGGCCGAGCUGCGUCCGAGAGCGCCUGGAGAGCCUGGCCCUACGUUCCUUAGCGCAUUCAGGGCGAUGUAUGCAGCGCAGGGGAUCAAAGGCUUGUACGCAGGGUGUGGCAUCACUGCGGCGGGGGCGAUAUCUAGCAGUGCUCCCAAGGGAUACGGCUCGUAG